AGUGGUUAUGCAUUUCAAAAUGUGUUUGAAGCUAGUAAAACCAAUCAAUGUUUCUUUAUCAGAGGCUACCAUUAUGCUCUAACUUUUUUGUUUCCAGUCACAGUUCCUCGCAAUUUCCAAUUACUGGAUGAGCUUGAAGAAGGGCAGAAGGGUGUUGGAGAUGGUACAGUCAGCUGGGGCCUUGAAAAUGAUGAAGAUAUGACUCUUGCUAGAUGGACAGGAAUGAUCAUUGGACCCCCAAGAACAAAUUAUGAAAAUAGAAUAUACAGCUUGAAAAUAGAAUGUGGACCUAAAUACCCAGAAGCCCCUCCUACAGUUAGAUUUGUAACAAAAAUAAACAUGAAUGGAAUAAAUAAUUCCAAUGGCAUGGUAGUGGAUUCACGAAGCAUACCUGUUUUAGCCAAGUGGCAAUGUUCAUAUAGCAUUAAAAUUGUUCUCCAAGAACUUAGACGCAUGAUGAUGUCCAAAGAAAAUAUGAAGCUUCCGCAGCCUCCGGAAGGACAAACUUACAACAAUUAA